CUAAUGGGCAGCUGGGUGUGUCCUAACCUCUCUGUCUUGCCAGUGGGCUAGGCCUUGGGGAAGGCUGGUUUAAACCCCUCCCCUCCCAUAAAGAGUCCCGGAGGGGGGCGUGGGGGGGGAGAAAGAGGCACUUUGAUUCUGUGUUUGGGCGAGGAUGGAGCCUGGCUCGCUGGUUGCAGCUGGAGGGGGUCAGCCCCACAGGGCCCCCUGCUCCAGGGUCCUGUGCAGGAAUUUCGCCCGUGGAGCCUGCAGAUGGGGUCAGAAUUGCCGGUUCUCACACGACCGGAAGUCAGCCCAGAUCUGCAGGUAUUUCCAGAAUGGGUUCUGCGGCUACGGAGACCGUUGCAGCUACCAGCACAUCCAAGACCCUCCAGCCCCUGCUUGGAGCAGAUGCGGCUCACAGCCUGCCUUAUCGCUGAGCCGUCGGGGCUCGGAGCCAGCUGUCCGGCCAGAAGCAGCAGCUGGGAGCUGGGGAGGAGCCAGGCGUGGGUCGGAGCCUUCUGUCCCCAGUGUGACACAGCUGCAACUGAACUUCAGGCAGCUGAGCACAGAGUUUGAGGAGGAAGAGGAAGAUAAAGAGACGGUCCCCAUCCCCACGUAUCCCCGAAACGGGGCUGUCGGCAGACAGUUUGUCCCCAGGCAGGUCCAGCGUGGGUCCAGACCAUGGGAUCUGGGAUUGCAGAGAACUUCCCUGGCACCAGAGGCUGCAUCUAACAAGGCAAUUGUCCCAGCACCUCGAACCCUAGAGGCAGCUGGUGGGCUGGGAGCAGCUGCUGCUUCGGUGGGGGAGCUGCGGAGCGAGGACGUGGUGUGCGGCAUCUGUAUGGACAAGGUCUAUGAGAAGGCCUUGCCUGAGGAGCGCGUGUUCGGCAUCCUCCCCAACUGCAGUCACGCCUACUGCGUCGGCUGCAUCCGCAAGUGGCGCAAGAGCCGGGAGUUCCAGAACGCGGUGAUCAAGGCCUGCCCCGAGUGCCGGGUCACGUCCAGCUACUUCAUCCCCCACAAAUACUGGGUCUCCGACACGGACGAAAAGGAGAAGUUGAUAGAAACCUUCAAGGCGCGGACAGGGAGAAUAAGAUGCAAGUUCUUUGCCCGCGGCCGUGGCCGCUGUCCCUUUAAAUCGGAGUGCAUCUACCUUCAUGAGCUCCCGGCCAGGGUGCGGCCCCCUCGACAGAGACGUCCAUGUGGGACAGGCCCGGUGGCAUUCAAUCCCUCUCCCUCUGAGAGCUCUGAGGAGGAGGACGAUGACGUGUGCUUGUUUCAAUGGGCUCUCACCUUUGCGCUGCUGCGGGGGGACGUCGACGAUCCAGACUACUGGCAUGAGAUUUUCCUCUUGGAUUCCAGUGACUCGGACUAGAAAUUCCACUGGUCCGGGCUUGACUCGAUGGAAUCGGGGUCACUACAUGGCUUGUGAACCUAUAUCUUUUGGGGGUGGGGGGGAAAGACAAUUGACUUUUUUUAAUCUGUCUAGUUGUGUGUCUGGCAGGACUCCUAGUGAUCCGAAACCACUCUGCACAAGCUGGGGGAAUGAAGCGCCGACAGUGGGAAGCUCUCCUGUUCCACAGGGCGGUGGGAUGCGAUUACCAUUGCCACGCUGCUCUUUCAUCCAUCGUGGGGCUGAUGGGACUGACAGCUGACACAUCGCACGUCACGUUUCCACUUCCCUCCCUCCCUCCCCUCUGAAACAGCACCUCUCCCUCUCUCCACGGGUUCCCCACCACCAUGGCUUCCCAGCCUGGGAUCUGGUGGUGUCCCCAGUCCUAUGGUCUCCCAGCUGCCUUGCUGUAGGAGUAGGCUGUACACCAGGUUUCGCGGGGGUCCUGCAGUCUCGGUGUUGUGGUUGGAGGCAGAGCGUGCUUGCUGCUGAGGCUACUUUGUCGUGAAGGAGAGUCGGUUGAGCAGUGCUAUUGGCCACAGCAGCAGGCAGUGUCUGCAUCUUGGCAGGUUGCUCUAGUAUUGAUUGCAGUGCUGCCAGGCAUCCAUAGCAGGCUUAAAAGGGGGCGCAGUCUGGGAUUAGUGGGUGGGGGUGUUUGGCUUU